CCUGUGAAGAAGAGAGGUUGGCCCAAGGGUAAGAAGAGAAAGAAGGUGUUGCCCAACGGUCCCAAGGCACCAGUAACAGGAUAUGUGCGCUUCCUGAAUGAACGGCGGGAGCAGAUCCGUGCCAAGCACCCAGACCUGCCCUUUCCAGAAAUCACCAAGAGGCUGGGCGCGGAGUGGAGCCGCUUGGCACCUCAUGACAAACAGGUACCUUCAGGCUUUAUGGGUUGGAAAGAGAAAUGUAGUUGUAGGAACAAUUACACACUCUUUUGCCCCAGGCUUGUAUUUAGUAUUUAGUGGCAGUGCAUUCACUAGCAUUAUGCAUAGUUAUAUUUAUAUGAAUAUUUAUAGGCUAGCCAGAUCUGUUUGAUAAGCCCAGGUAGGCCUUCAAAACUACAGGCUAUCAUGUUGAGGAGAAGCCUGGGAAUGCAAGCUACCAUCAGUGUAUUGAGAUAUCUUCUGCGUGUGUCUGGAGUGGACUAACGUUUGCUUGUGUGCUGACCUGACAGCGCUUCCUGGAUGAGGCGGAGCGAGAGAAGCUGCAGUAUGCCCGGGAGUUGAGAGAAUACCAACAAAGUGAGGCCUAUCAGAUCACCAGUGCCAAGAUCCAGGACAAGAAGGUCAAGAGAGGUCAGAGUUGUGACACAUCUACCUUCUAUUUCAUUAGUUUGACAGGGUGGUUAAAACUGUUCCUUUCAGUUUUUAUGUAUUUUGUUCAUUUUUCUUCUUUUAGCGUUUAAAUAAUGUUCUCUUUUAUUUCAGAGGAGUCUCCAUCUGUCAUUAUCAAUGCUAACAGUUCUGGAUCAGCUGCUCUGAAGGUACAGUUAUCCUUACAUAAUGUGUUGUGUUUCUGAAUAGGUGUUAUGAAUAGGCUUACUUCUGAGUUUGUGCCAUGUUUUUACGGGUUGAUUUGUUUUGAAUUAUGUCCUCUAGGGUUCAGAUCAUCUGUCCAACAGAUUUGAUGUUCCAAUAUUUACAGAGGAAUUCCUGGACCAGAACAAGGGUAUGAGACAGGCAGAGGAGCGUCUCUGGGACAAACACUGUUUCAGUGAAGAAAGUACAAACGAUUUCCUUACUAAUGGUUGUUUCUUUGCUCCCAGUCCGGGAAGCGGAGCUGCGGCGUUUACGCAAAGCCAACGUGGAGUUCGAGGAGCAGAACGCAGUGUUGCAGAAGCACAUUUCAGACAUGUACAGCGCUAAAGAGAGACUGGAAGCUGAACUGGGGCAGGAUGAGCUCCGGACGCAGGCUCUGCACAGGCACCUGCUGGCCAUCAAACACACCCUCGUCAGCAGCCUGUCCACUGUGGCCCUGCCAGGUCAGCACCCUGUCACUGGGCCCUCUCAUCCAUCUCGGACCCUGAUACUUAGCCCAGUCUCCCUGUAUGAUUUGGCUGCUUUUACUUAUGUUAAGUUUCCUUACCUUGAAAGUAGUUUGUAGACGUAAAAACAUAAAAUGACUUGUCCUUAGCAAGACAUUUUGAAACAUACAAAUUCAGUUCUAAUGUUUUCAAAUGAUUUUAAACUACAAUUUUUUUUAAUUUUCUUCCAUCAACCCCCAAUCUUAUUCAUAUAGGAAUUGAAUCCUUAGUUUCACUACACUUUGUCUCCAGGCACAGGUGAAACCCCCUCUCUUGGUACCCUGGACUCUUACCUGAGUCGCCUGAGUGGUACUCUGGAGAGCAACCCUCAUGAGCACCGUGUCUUGCUGGCUCAGCUCCGUGAUGUCCUUUCUCACCUUGACAGGUAA